AUGCAGAAGGAGUAUGACAACCUAGAAACAUCAGGACAUGGAGUUUGGUUGAUCUUCCUGCAAACAAAAAGACUGGUGAUUGCGUUGGCGGUGGAGCACGUGAUGCACUUGCACCAGAUGGAUGUCUCUGCAGCAUACCUCAAUGGUGAGCUACAAGAUGACGCUUAUAUGCGACAACCUGAAGGUUUUGUCGAUGCUAAUCAUCCCAAGCGUAUACUCAAGCUACAUAAAUCGUUGUACGGCUUGAAACAGAGUGGGCUUAGCUUCUUUGAUAUUUUGGUUAUGGAAAUCGAGCGAGAUGGCAAGACUGGCAAUGUCUCCAUAGGCUACAAGCAGUACUUCGAAGGCUUGUUGCAUGAAUAUGGUAUGCAGGACUGCAAGCCGAACGCGACUCUAGAGGUUGGGUUCCAGACGAAGAGCGAUAGAAAUGAUUGCGGUCAGGUGGACAAGACAUGCUAUUAA